AUCUGGCAACCCAUAUCCCAUCUGCCACUCCUGUCAUUGGGCAGGACAUAAACAGUGUUGCAUGGUAAUUCUGUCAUUCUGCAUACAAAUAUAUAACCUAAAAGCCACACAGGAUGGGUUCGGGAGAAAGUACAACUAGAAAAGUAUCGUUCGGAGUCGACGACGAGGACAGAGUCAGGAUUCUUCGUGGGGUGAAGUUGUCAGAAGAUGUUCUUCAGAGGAUGAGAGGAGUAGCCAACAUCGCUCCAGAGUCCUCAUCCUCUUCGACCUCAGGCCAUCAGAAAGACAAAGGUGCUUCUCACUCAGAGUCUCAAGCAAAGCAGGGUCCACAACACCAAGCCCAACCCAACAGCCAGUCCAGCAAGCCUGCCUCCUUCACCGGGGAAGAACAGAGAAGGUUUGAACACCAGCAGACAUUACUAAAGGACGAGCUGGCCAAGAUGGCACAAAGAGAAAGGGAGACGGCGAGGGAGGAUAGAACUAAAGCCAUGAGUCGAGAAAGAGAGCAUGCUCGCCAGGAAGCUGAGAAGACCAAAGAGUUGGCUCAGCAGCUACUGAAGAAAGACUCGCAGCUAAAAGCUCUGGAUGCCUUCUACAAGGAGCAGCUUGUACAGCUGGAGAAAAGGAAUUUGGAAAGUUUCAAUGAGAGCAAAGAACAAUUUCACCAAGCUGCCUCUGAGAUGGAAGCAAACAUCAGGUCUCGUAAUACAGCUCCGGUGUGCUCCGGCCUGCAGGCUCAGAUUCUGUCCUGUUACAAAGAGAACAAAGCCCAGACCUUAAAGUGUUCAGACCUGUCCAGAGAGUACAUGCAGUGUAUAAAUGCUGCAAAGAAGACUAUGCUUGUCAACCGUGGAUGAAGAGUGGGAAGAAAGGGUAAAAGCUACACUUGAUGAAGAUUUGUCGUUGGACGCUAAAAGUAGCAUUUGCUAUGUUCUUAUUAGGAUUGAGAGAAUUGAUUUGCUUUUAGCAUGCCUUGUUUUGUUAACGUUAUUAUGCUAUUUAUCUGCAGUAUUAUGUUAAAACACUGCUGGUGUCUGCAGGGAGGCUUUUGAAAGAGUGCGUGCACGUGGUUUAUGUCCGUUGUCAGAGUCAGUUUAUUUCAGCCAUAUAAAUUAGAGAUGUAAAGAUGCGUUCAGGGUCACUUCUCUAUCUGCCAAAUGUAUAACUGUGUUCCCGUCCAAUCCUCUGCAGCUUUUAAAGGGAUUAAAGUUAAACAAAUUUCUGAAGUGUGCUGAAUGGAGUGCAAAGAAAUUUCAUUUUGAUCUCAGACUAAAAGGAGAAUUGGUUUGUUUAUUUAUUUUGAGGUUUAUUGUGUUGUAAUUUUUCUUCAACACAGAGAGGAGCUCAGGUAAUCCUGGCUGUGACUUGCAUCCAUCACGUGUG